GUGGUUGUGAAUGCCCUUUUAGGAGCAAUUCCAUCCAUCAUGAACGUGCUUCUCGUUUGUCUUAUAUUCUGGCUAAUUUUCAGCAUCAUGGGAGUAAAUCUGUUUGCUGGGAAGUUCUACUACUGUGUUAACACCACAACUGAUGAAAGGUUUGAAGUCGACCAAAUCAACAAUUUUAGUCAGUGCGAGGAACUCAUAAAAAACAAUCAAAGUGCCCGAUGGAAAAACGUGAAAGUAAACUUUGAUAAUGUAGGAUUUGGGUAUCUUUCUUUACUUCAAGUAGCUACAUUUAAAGGCUGGAUGGAUAUUAUGUACGCAGCUAUUGACUCAAGAGAUAUAUUACAGCAACCCAAAUAUGAAGACAACCUGUACAUGUAUUUGUAUUUUGUCAUCUUUAUCAUUUUUGGGUCUUUUUUCACCUUGAACCUGUUCAUUGGUGUCAUUAUCGAUAACUUCAAUCAGCAAAAAAAGAAGUUUGGAGGUCAAGACAUAUUUAUGACAGAAGAGCAGAAGAAGUACUACAAUGCAAUGAAAAAGCUGGGAUCCAAAAAACCACAAAAACCUAUACCAAGACCAGGGAACAAAUUCCAAGGCAUGGUCUUUGAUUUUGUGACACAGCAAGUAUUUGACAUCAGCAUCAUGAUCCUUAUUUGCCUUAACAUGGUUACCAUGAUGGUAGAAACUGAUGACCAGAGUAAAGAAAUGGAAAAUAUUUUAUACUGGAUAAAUCUGGUGUUCAUUGUCCUUUUCACUGGAGAAUGUGUCCUGAAAUUAAUUUCACUUCGCCAUUACUAUUUCACUAUAGGCUGGAACAUUUUUGAUUUUGUAGUUGUCAUUCUCUCAAUAGUAGGUAUGUUUUUAGCUGAGAUGAUUGAGAAAUAUUUUGUAUCCCCCACACUGUUCAGAGUCAUCCGACUUGCCAGAAUCGGUCGAAUCCUGCGUCUCAUUAAAGGCGCUAAGGGAAUCCGCACCCUGCUUUUUGCUUUGAUGAUGUCUCUUCCCGCUUUGUUCAACAUUGGCCUGCUGCUAUUCCUGGUCAUGUUUAUCUAUGCGAUAUUUGGCAUGUCCAACUUUGCCUAUGUUAAGAGGGAAGCUGGUAUCGAUGACAUGUUCAACUUUGAAACGUUUGGCAACAGCAUGAUCUGCCUAUUUCAAAUUACAACGUCUGCUGGCUGGGAUGGUUUGCUAGCCCCAAUUCUUAACAGUGGGGAGCCAGACUGUGACCCUAACAAAGCUCAUCCUGGGAGCUCUGUGAAAGGUGACUGUGGCAACCCUUCCGUUGGGAUUUUCUUCUUUGUCAGCUACAUUAUCAUAUCAUUUCUGGUGGUGGUGAACAUGUACAUUGCUGUGAUUUUGGAGAACUUUGGUGUUGCUACUGAAGAAAGUGCUGAACCCUUGAGUGAGGAUGACUUUGAGAUGUUCUAUGAAGUCUGGGAGAAGUUUGAUCCCGAUGCAACACAAUUCAUGGAAUUUGAGAAAUUAUCUGAUUUUGCAGCAGCACUUGAGCCUCCUCUUCAUCUACCCAAACCGAACAAAGUCCAGCUUAUUGCAAUGGAUCUGCCCAUGGUAAGUGGUGACAGAAUUCACUGCCUUGACAUCUUGUUUGCUUUCACAAAGCGUGUUUUGGGGGAAAGUGGGGAGAUGGAUGCCCUCAGAAUACAGAUGGAAGAUCGGUUUAUGGCAUCCAAUCCUUCAAAAGCUUCCUACGAACCAAUUACAACCACAUUAAAAAGAAAACAGGAGGAGGUAUCUGCUGUCAUUAUUCAACGGGCUUAUAGACGUCACCUUUUAAAACGAACAGUAAAGCAAGCUUCCUUUAUCUAUAACAAAAACAAAACUGAAGGAGGCGCUGGUCAGGGUAUGAAAGAUGAAAUCCUUAUUGACAAGUUAAAUGAAAACUCAUUUACAGAGAAAACUGAUAUAACCGCAUCAACAGCAGUUUGUCCACCUUCUUAUGAUCGUGUAACAAGGCCAGUCAAAGAAAAGCAUGAAAAGGAAGAUAAAGAUGUUCAGAAAUAAAAGCAAAUAGCAAGCAAAAUCAUCUAUGUGCAAAUUACUUCUUAGCCUGUAAGGAUCAUGUGUUUGUGUCAACAGGACUCCAGCUGGAGGUCUAUGCCAAACUGACAAUUUUUACAAAUAUACUGUACAUUAAAGGUCAGUGCCUAUUAAAAGACAGUGACCCCUCGUCAGUGACUGUGACUGUGCUAUAGGGAAACAACCUUGACAGGAGGUUACUGUUCUCACUACCAGCUGACACUGCUGAAGAGGAGAGAAAAAAUGGCUAAUCAGACUGUAGGGACCAGUUAAAGGGGUGCAAACCAAGUAUUUGUGUGUUUAGCAUAAAACAAUACGGUACCUGUAUCCACUGUUUGCAUUUCAACUGCCACAUACGUCAUAUUUUUACAAAAUCUGUGUUGGUGGAUUCUUCUUAUUUUUAGUCAUAUGUUGUUUAUUAUAUGUGACUAUUUUUGUAAAUGGGGCUUCUGUUGGGGAAGGGGAUUAAGUACACCUUUACAGGUACAGGGGCCAGGUGUUCUAUUAUAUGACUAAUGUACACACAGAAAUUAUUUGCAUGAAGGCAUGCUGCACUUAUAGAUCAUGCAUGAAAAUAACAUUAAGUCACAAAGAAAAACAGAUUUUUUAAGCGCAGUGUUUCUGGAAAGGAAUAACAGAUUUUGAGGUGCUUAAUUAAUGUAUUCAUGUUGUAUCAUGUCCAAACAAGUCUUGGUAUGCCUUUAAAGUCCCCUAUAACUCAUGAGAACAGUAGA